AUGACCGCUUUUGCGGCCAGAAACGGCUGCCUUUCCACCCAGGAUACCAAAUAUGGCUGGGUCGAUAUCGUUCAGCUUGCUAAAGACGAUAACGCUCAAACUGAUGCUACCCUGUCAAAGCCUGUCAAAAAUGCCGAUACUUUCUCAUAUUGGAUCAAUGAUGUAAUCCUGAACUUUGCAACUUCCGCAGCGGGAGGUGUGAAGAUGUCAAUAAAGCAGCACAGACAGCCAAAAAAUAGGGAUCAUCCUGAUUCGCUGUCCGCUUUGAAGCAUGUCGUCUUCAAGCCUGAGGACCACUCCUCAUGGUAG